AUGGAUGUCGAUGAAUUGCGAGCGGAGAUGUCUCGCGCCGAGGCGUCGGCGACGCGCGCGGACGGACGAUCGACCGUCUCGGACGACCGCGCGCGGUGGUUGGCGCGCGUGAUCGCGACGCGCGAAGCCGCGGGGGAGCUCGGGGGGGUGGGCGCUCGGACGCGGCGUCAGCCGAGUGGGACGGCGGCGGUCGUGGGGGGGACGCGGGCGCCGGAGGAGAGCGCGUAUUAUCACCCGACGCUCAAUCCGAGCGGGACGCCGCCGGUUGGGAAGCCGUGGAAGUGGCGGGGGGACGUGGGUGGGGGUGGGGGGGGUGGGGUGGACGCGCGUCGGGCGUUACCGGGGGGUGGAGACGGGGGGGGGAGCGAGAGCGAGAGCGACGCGCUCGAACCGCGCCGGGACCGCGUCGGGAUUCGAGCUCAUCAUUCCGGAGAUUCCAAGGCGGAAGCGGUGGAAGGGGGACGAUUCAUCGAGUCGAGCGACGUCGGCGAAGGGCGAUCAUCUCCGUCGACGUCAGCGGCGAUGAAGGCGAGUUUAGUGAACCCCGAGACCGCGGCGAUGACGCUCAACGCGAUGUCCGGGAAGGAACUCGCGGCGGAACUCAAGAAGACGCAAACGAAGAUGUCUGAGAAGGCGAAUACGGCGAAGAAACUCACCUCGAGCGAUUCGCAGCGCUUGAGCCUAGACAUGACGGGCUCGACGAACGUGCUCGAGGGUGCGGAAGAGAAGACUCGUCGCGCCAUCAAGGUGCUGAGGACGCAGACGGACGCGUUGAUGUUUCUCGCGGACGCCAUCGAGGCGAAGGAGUUACCCGGUCUCGCCGAACGCAUGCGCGAGCGCCUGAACACGAUCAAGGAGAGUUACCACGACUUACUCUCAUACGAGGGCCUACGCCAACGUAAAAAGGGCGCGCUCAAGGCGGCGAGAAAAGUAGAUAUUCUUCGCGGAGCUCUGGGACAAACGGAACAACAGGACGGGCGUAACCUUCCGACUCACUCGAGUGACAAACCGAUGCAAAGGAAACGUGACUAUCAAAUUUUAGGCGCUAGAAUGCUCGCCAUCGGUUGUGUUUUCUUCGUCCUUUUGUUGACGCCGUUCAUCGUGACGCAAUACGAGCAGCACGAGCAUCAAACUGCUUGUGACGUCGCAGAGAAGGGAGAAGUGAAGCUCGAUCACGCAAGCGAGGGACAAAUGGAGGUAAAUCUUCUCCUCGGACCUUGCAUUUACAACGCCAGCGAGUACCACGUAUCGUAUUCCAUUUAUCAAAAUCACAGCGGUCACGUCUACCAGUUGGCGACAUCGGCACAACUCGUCACGCCGCACUGGAGCGGCGAGUCCGGCCAUCGACGCAAACUCCUGGGAGGUGGCGGCGCCGGCGUGAGCAAACAUCUCAAAUCUUACUUUUCAACCCACAUCCUGAGCGAUUAUAAAUCAACGCACGGAAGCGCUUGGAUGGAGUUCACAACGGAUUGCCCGGAUCCCGUCGCAAUCUCUGUCACGUGUGCCGCCGCCGGGGCGCUCCCGCCGCCGCCGACGGCGCCGCCAGAGGCGGAGGAGACGACCGCGGCGGCGCGUCACGCGCCGCAUGGCGUGAUGUGGCGACCGCCGCCGCCGCCGAGACGACCGCCGCCGCCGCAGAGACGACCACCGCCGCGAAGAGAGGGUGGGUUUUUCUCCGCCCCUCGCGCGCCGGUGGAUCCGUCCGCGUUCACAAAGAGCGCGGCGCCGACGGCGACGCCCAUGGUUCGGGCGGAACAAAACGUCGCACUCAAGCGACUUGUACCGGCGAGUGUUCGCGUGAAGCGCCAGGAGGCACCUGAAGGCAAGCGUCAACGCGUCGCGACGGGUAACGCGAUCAACUCGGCGCCGAACGUCGAGGACAAAAAGUAUCUCUCCUUCCUCGACGAGAUGGCCGAGCUCGGCGCGUUCGCCGAGUGA